UAACCUGUAAAAUAUCGUUGAUUGAAGACAACGAAGCAUGUACGUUUGUGCCCACUUCACAUUAUAUAAUAUAUAUUUAUUUUUGUAUGCCUUGUUUCGACACAUUCGUGUGUUGGACGGUAUGUGGUGAUGAUCAAUGUGAAGAAAAUAAUCUAGUUUAUAUUUUAAUGUUUUAAUAUUUCAAAGUGGGUAGCUAAUGCACAAGAAGGAAUCUGUGAAAAAAUAAAUAUGUGGACUAAUAGUUUCAUAAUGUUUGCCAGUGCUUGGUAGGAAUGGAUGAGCGGAGGAGUAUUGCAUAAGCAGAAUUUGUAUCGUAGGUUAAAAGGAGGUAAAUGAAAUGUCUGAAUUGUCAAUCCUCAGCACUUCGAUACAAGGUCUAGAUGGCAAGAAUCCGAGGUCUGUGUAUUGUAGUACAAUGAGGAGAAAAAAGUAGCUUGAGCCAAUGCCUAGGACAAAGAAGGUGCUACCAGAAGACUCACAGCUGGACGGUGAGAAAUUGGAGGAUAUGAAGAAAAGGCAACGACUCUUAGAAGCUCAGAAAGCUAGGGAGAGGAGAGCGAAUCAGUCUCCUGAAGAGAUUGCAGCUCGUCGGAUGAGAGACGCGCAGCGCGCUCGAGAACGAAGAGCUCGUUUAACACCUGAACAAAUAGCUCAGCAAAGGCACAGAGAUGCUGUCUUGAAACGAGAGAGAAGAGCAAAAGAGUCAGAGGCAGAAAAGGCAAUACGCAGGUCCCUGGAAGCUCAGAAGGCAAGGGAGAGGAGGGCGAAGAUGUUAGGCAAGAAGCAAGGUUUUACAAGCAUGUGCACUGCAGCAGCGUCAAGGAUAGGUCUCGCCCAUUUUAUGGAUUUGGCGGAGCGGACUGAUCUGAGGUGCGACCAAAAUGUUAACGACCCUCUAAGUGUUCCCACAGGUGGAGAUAGGUUGGGCACAGAAUGGAUCAAACAAGAAGUGGAUGAAGAUUUCAUGGAUUUUUGUGAGUCAGCCUUCGCAAGUAUUCCAGUGAAAAUUGAACUCCAAGAAGAUUUUCCAGUGACAUGUGAGGGUGAGCCAAGGUUUCCUAAUGAUAACAUAGCUAGAAGAGAAGAAGAAAAUUCUGAACAAAGAGGAAAUAGUGACAUAAUAAUCAAUAAUAAAUCUAACAUUGAAAAUGUGCAUGUUGGUAUUUGUAAUGAAGUUCAGCAUGUUAGGUAUGCAGAAAUGGAUAGUGAAGGUGCUUGUAGAUCUCACCAGAAUAAAAGCAGCGUAGGUGAAAGCAAUUGUAAGGGUAAAGUCCGACCAAAAUCACGCCCUCACCAGUGUGAUGUCUGUGGAAAAACUUUAAGUUCUAAAGGUAACAUGCGCCUACAUAAAAUAAAACGGCAUGGGUUGAAGACGCCAUUUGUUUGUAAAAUUUGUCAAGCUGUGUUUGACUAUAGAAGAGAUGUUGUUCGCCACAGAAACGAGAUGCAUAGACGAAAAUCUGACGGGAUGUUUGAGUGUCAGAAAUGUGGUAAGGUAGCUUACGAGUUUCAUAAUUUUAUGACUCACAUGAAGAUUCAUUCCAAGCCAGAAAAUGCAAGUGUUGCCGUAUCAGCCGAACAGAAGAAAUACAAGAAGAAGAUGGAAACUCCACAAGCUUUUAUUUGCGAAUUAUGUGGCAAGUCAUUCAAAAGAUCAGAUUCAUUGAAAACUCACAGAAUGUUUGUUCAUCUAGCUGAUGGUGGAGCUUUAGCUGCAAAGUUCAGAAUGCAACUUCAGGAGAAAAAUUAUGUCUGUGAUAUUUGUGGACGCCGUUUUGCGUUUAGGUGUUUGCUGCGUGACCACCUCAAUAUACAUUCUGGUAUGAAACCAUACCCAUGUUCAGAAUGUGGAAGGGCAUUUGCUCAAAGAGCUUCCCUGAAGCAGCACACAAAGACACAUGGAGCGUAUAAGCCUUUCCCGUGCCCAGAGUGCAGUCUUGCAUUUUAUGGACGAGGGGACCUGAAGAAGCACAUUCGAAAGCAUACAGGCGAGCGUCCGUUUGUGUGUGAAGUGUGUGGGGAAGCUUAUGCCCAAAGUAGUCACUUGAAUGUUCAUAGACGUUCUCAUACAGGGGAGAAGCCAUUCAAUUGUGACGUAUGUGGACGAGGGUUUACAAAGAGUAGUGAUGUUAUAAGGCAUAGAAGAAUUCAUACCGGUGAACUUCCAUUCUUAUGCCAAGUGUGUGGCAAAGGAUUCAGGCAGUCAGCUCAGUGUGCAAAUCAUAUUAAAAAUCACCAUCCUGAAACAUUGGACCCUUGAACUUAUCUUCAUAAUGUGUAGAUAAAUUAAAUAUUGUUAAUCUGAUGGUCUGUACAAAGCUGAUAUCUGACAGAACUGUUUGGUUUCACUUAACUAACACUAGAUUUUUAACUUUCAUUGUCUCUGUGUUUAAGAAACAAGGUUGAUCUAUUGUUAAACUCUUUCAAUGUCACUUGAUGCACGUGUAUGUUAUGCAGUUCCUGCACCAGGUUCUAGUGGUGCGUAUGUGCAUCAUUGUAAUCUGAGUGGCCUUCCUGUCUGAUUUGGUCAGUACUGUUGUUAAUUUUUUUCUUAUUACAUUGGUACUCAAAUUCAGGAUUAAGUUCUGUGUGUAAAUUUGGUUUUAACUGCAGUGUCUUUAUAGGUCUAGAAAUCAUAGGAGAUAAAAUUUAUGGUUCCUGUAACUCAGCUGUAGGUCCAUUGCAACCAAAACUACCACAGCUUGCCCAGAAAUUUUGAACUUUUUUAACAAUGAAGACACUAUUUUUUAUUGUGACUAAAUUUUGGAGAAUUUGAAGGUACUUGUUACUCUAACACAGUGCGUAAUGCCACUUUAGCAGUGAUUGGCUUCCUCAGUUAGACUGAAAUCCCAUUUUUUUCAGUGCUAUUGAUGCACAUGUGCAUAAUGGAUAAUUUUUAUGGUUCCUUUGAAGAAAAUUAAAAUAUAGUAGUACAACUACUCUCAGGUUCAUUGCAGCCAACAGUAAUCUUUAAAAAUACAUCAGCUCCUGGUGUUAGCGAAUGUGUUAAGGUGCUACACCUUACAUAAUUUGUGUGUAAUUCUAGAGGAAAAAAGAAUGUGGUGCUAAUUUAGAAAUUUAUAGAUAAUCUUAUUGUUAUAUAUGGAUGUAUAUUAUGACAUAUGCACAUAGUUUAACCACUUCCUGUGUUAUUCAAAAUUUACUCAAAUUUAAAAUUGUGCGCUAAAUAUAUUGUGCCAAGCUAGCUCAUAGAGUUAAAAUUUUGUGGCUACAGAAGUAGAAGUUACAGACUCAGAUUCAGACUUUUCAGUUGACAUACAAACUCUACAAUGGGUGGAAAUUAAAAAUUCAGGUGUUAUAGAGUACAAAACAUUUGAGCAGAGUAGAGAAUGAAGUUGUUUAUAUGCAGAAAAUUCCCACAUUAUAAAGUGUUUUGAAAAAAAAUCCUUAUCUACAUUACAAUAUGUUCAGAGAUCACAAAAUUGAAAUAAAAUAAUGUACUUUUUGUUUUUGUAUAUGUAGAUCUAAUGAGGUUAAAGUAGAAUAUAGCUCAGAUGCUGUAUCAGUAGCAUUGACCUAAGAGUUUCGCUCUGUUACAUUUACUUCUUGUAAGUCCCUGUUCCUUCUGCUCUGUAAGAACUUUCAUGCUGUGAUGCCCGGCUUGAGUUAUCCAUUGCAGCCAGACGUCUUAAGCUAUUCAUGCAGCUUACAUAUUAAGCAUUUCAUAUCACACACUGCUCUCUGCUGGUGAGUUAAAGGAACAUGGUUUUCUUAUAACCUCAAAAAGUAUAGCUGCUAUUUAUAAUGUGUAUAUCAGUCAGAAUUUCUAGUUCCUCAGUGGUGAAAGUUAAUAAAACUUGAUGAUUAUGAAAAGGUAAUGCAUGUGAUGUGUUAUAAUUGUGAUGAUGACUGCAAUAAUUAUAACAAUAACAGCAACAUCAAUUGUAAUGUGAUAGUAAAUUUGAUUUUGAAUUAGAACAGUGUUUCUAGAACUUGUCACAUAUUUUAUACAAAAAUAUAUAGUUCUGAAUUUCAGAGAUAGCCAACAUGGGUACUGCAGUUAAAUUAUAUGUAUUUAAUUUCAUUCUGAUCUGUUAUAACAAUUUUACGCUUGUUGCAAUGACGUAUUUGUCCCUGAAGUACCUUCUUCAGAUUUGUAUUUGUUUUGUACAUAUUUUUCACUUUACAGUAAUAUAUCAGAAGUAUGUAACAGUUGUGUAAGACUGAAGAAGUGAAAAAAAUCAUAACAUUAAUUUAAUUCAGUAAUCAUCAAUGAAAGCAGCAGAAGUGGAAAAAUAAAAUGUGGUCAGAGUACUGUAACGUUAUUGUGCAGUAAGGUGUA